GCGCGGGAUUUAGAAGGCGCGAAGAGAGAAGGGGUGGGAGGUCAGGCUGGUGAGGGGGACGCGCUUUGGUUCUCGCGCGGCGGACAGAAGGGCGUGUAAGUCAAAGGCGGUGGGGGCCCUGCUGGUGCACUCAGAGGGAGAGGAAAGGCUCGGGGACGAGCGUGGGGCGAAGCUGCUCUGGCGGAGCCGGCUGUGCAAAAAAACGAAAAAAGGAGGGCUCGCUACCAGGUGGCGUGGUUUCUCCUCUGUUGCAUCAUCUCAAAUUCAUAGAUCAGCCAGUCAAGAUGGGAAUCCAUGGUUUGGCCAAGCUGAUCGCAGAUAUGGCCCCUAGUGCCAUUCGAGAAAAUGACAUCAAGAGUUACUUUGGCCGGAAAGUGGCCAUUGAUGCCUCUAUGAGUAUUUACCAGUUCCUAAUUGCUGUACGACAGGGAGCUGACAUGCUGCAGAAUGAAGAAGGCGAGACUACAAGCCACCUUAUGGGUAUGUUCUACCGCACUAUCCGAAUGGUGGAAAAUGGCAUCAAGCCGGUCUACGUCUUCGAUGGCAAACCCCCUCAGCUGAAAACUGGUGAAUUGGCUAAGCGUACCGAGCGCCGAACUGAAGCAGAAAAGCAGCUGCAAGAGGCCAAAGAGAUGGGUGAGGAGGAAAACAUAGAAAAGUUCAGCAAGAGACUAGUAAAAGUGACAAAACAGCACAAUGAUGAGUGUAAGAAACUGCUGGCCUUGAUGGGCAUCCCGUAUGUAGAUGCCCCUGGUGAAGCUGAAGCUAGCUGUGCUGCGCUGGUGAAAGGAAACAAGGUCUAUGCAGCUGCUACUGAGGAUAUGGAUUGCUUGACCUUUGGCAGCCCUGUGCUAAUGCGACAUCUUACUGCAAGUGAGGCAAAGAAACUGCCCAUUCAGGAAUUUCAUCUGAACCGUAUUCUCCAGGAUUUGAGCUUGACCCAGAAAGAAUUUGUGGACUUGUGUAUAUUACUAGGUUGUGAUUACUGUGAAAGCAUCCGUGGAAUUGGGCCCAAGCGUGCUGUGGAGCUUAUCAGGCAGCACAAAAACAUAGAGAAGAUUAUUCAGCAGCUAGAUGCUAAGAAGUAUCCCCUGCCCGAGAAUUGGCUGCACAAGGAGGCCCAGAAACUCUUCUUGGAGCCUGAAGUUGUAAACCCAGAAGAAGUGGAGCUGAAGUGGAAUGACCCCAAUGAGGAAGGACUCGUUAGCUUCUUGUGUGGGGAGAAGCAGUUCAAUGAAGAAAGAAUCCGUAACGGGAUCAAGAGACUGAACAAGAGCCGGCAGGGUAGCACUCAGGGCCGACUGGAUGAUUUCUUCAAAGUGACUGGUUCUAUUACCUCAGCCAAGCGCAAGGAGCCAGAACCUAAGGGAUCAGCCAAGAAAAAGGCCAAGAGCAGUGGUACAGCAACAUCAAAGAUUAAGAAAGGAAAAUAAAGCUCUAGAACAGUGCUAAUUCUUCUGCACUCCACUUUGGCUUGACAACAUAUAUUAAACAGCAAAUCCGGGUUCUUUCUGUAGCAUAGAAUUGCCUUAUAAUACUCAAAAAAUGAAACAAUUGUUGGUAGCCCUUUAACACGCACAAAACCGCUGCAUUCAGAAGACGUUUGGAACCUGCUAAUCAGUAGUCCCCAAAUACUCUUGUUGAGGGACCUAUAGCUUAUUUCUCCUGUUGCCUUGAGUACUGUGAAAGCUCAGUCAUGCCAUGUAUGGUGUUUAAUCUGUCAUUGCUAACCAUACUGUGAUGAAAUGGCUUAAUUUUGAAUGGCAGAUUUCAAUAAAUGGCGACUUGCUAAA